AUGUUCCAAGUACGCACGCUAUUGUGUGCGAUUGCGUUGGCCUCUGUGGCCAACGCUGUUGUAUACCGGCCGAACAAUAACAUGGUGUACCAGCGUCGUCAGGAUGCCUCGGCUACAGCUAUGGCUCAAGCCGCUAGCACGUCGAAACCGUCGCCCCCUUUCAACUUCGGUAACCCCAGCAGUGACUAUCCAGGUGUAGUGGCUGAUGGUUCCAGGGGUCCAACGAACCCUGACAAGCCUAUGAUGGAUACGCCCGUGAAUCAGACGUCGGAUGCGCGUUUGGCCUCGAUCAACAGCGCUGACGAUUGGUGUACGUUUGGUCCUCUUGAUCUCAACCUGCCUGUAUCUGAUCGAGAAGAGCGAACAGUGGCUUGGUGUACAAAGCCGCGUAACAAUGCGCGUGUUAUUCCUGACGGUACCCUCACCGGUGUUCACUUUGUGAAGACACCUCUGUACGUUCAGGUUAUGGCCCUGGGAGACUUCACAAAAAUUGGUAUCAAGGCUAAUGACUCUGGUGGUGAACUCGACCCUCAUGGUCAAUACGGUGGUGGUAACCCAAAGGGUGGUGAUGUCACCUCGAACGUGACUGGUAAAGAUGUCUUCUACAAAGAGUGGAUGAACUACGUUGGUCAUAACAUUAUGUGUUUCCGUGUAUGCACGGCGGGCUCGGACCAAGCCAAACCUGGCGUUGAGUGCGAGCACGAGCUUGACAAGAUGGGCUGUCCGUGGGUGAUGCCAGGUGACUACUCUCCGGAUGUGUUUGAUUCGUGUGAUGCCGACCCAGCGUACCCGCCGGGCUACUUCCUCGAGGAUGGGUCGACCUCGACAUUCCAGCAGUAUAUGACGGGUCUUUGGACACUCGAUGGCAAAGAACUCACCUUCACGAAUGGUCACAAGGGUCAGUCGACUCCAAGUGUGGCCCAGUCGAUGCCUAAGUCGUCCAACUGCAAGCCAGUGCCAUCGCCCGCGAACAAGAUUGCUUCGCUCUCCAAGAGUGCUGAGAGCUCGGUAUCGCAAGCCGCUAACGCUGUUGCGAAUGACGGUGAUUCCAAGAGCUCUAGCAGCGACAAGCGUGGCGACAAAAAUGAGAACAACGGCGAGAGCAGUGGCAAGGACAGCGACAGCUCGAAUAAGAAAGACAAAAACGGUGCUGGUAGCGUCUCUGUGACUCUAGCGUCGACCGUUGCACUGGCCGUUGGAACUCUGGCCGCCGCAUUCCUGUUGUAA